GUCACGAUCAGGCCCCGCCCCCAGCUGCCUGAGACUUACCACUGCGGCCCUUGCGCGCGCCGGAAGCUAACCCUUUUCUGGGGGUCAUGAUGGGCAGCAAGAUGGCGUCUGCCAGCCGGGUCGUUCAGGUAGUCAAGCCACAUACUCCAUUAAUAAGGUUUCCUGAUAGAAGAGACAAUCCUAAACCCAACGUGUCAGACGUUUUGGGAGCAGCAGGACUGCCAUCUCACUCUUCAGUUUCACAGCAUUCUAAGGGAAGUAAAACAUCUGACUGGUUGAUGCAUCAGGGCCCACCAGACACUGCAGAAAUACUAAAAACAUUACCUCAAAAAUACAGAAGGAAACUUGUAUCUCAAGAAGAAAUGGAAUAUAUCCAACGUGGAGGCCCAGAAUAAUCAAUGACAUUGUGGCUGCUGUUUGUCAUCAGACAAAAGAACAGUCUAUCAUAAAGGACUUCCAAAAUGACAAAUUGUACAUUAAGCAACUUUAAUAAAUAUUCUGUAAAAAGGAAACAUAGGAAAUUGAGAAGGACACUUGCACCUCCUAAUUUAUGUAUCUUGGUCAGCUUAUCCACAAGCUUACCUAAUUGUUUAUGUACUUCAUACUUAUUAAAGUGUGCAUUUAUAAAUAUUAGCCUAUUAAUUGACUUUUGAUUAUCAAGUAUUACCUAUGUUGCACUAUGAAAAGCACACAAUGCCUAGCAUAGAUUUCCCACUUUUCUUUCAGUUUCUAUUUCAACAUUUAUGGGGUUUAUCUUGUAAUUAUUUGGGAAAGUGAUUUCCUUAGAAUUUAGUGAGGAUCAUUAAAGUUAUUCAUAAUUUUCUCAACAAUUUUUUUCACUUACAAAGUAUAACUGAUAAGUGGAUCUUACUAUAAGCAAUGAAAAAUGUAUAGCCAAAGUAAAAUAAAUGACUUUGUGGUAUUAAGAUGGGAAGUUGACACCCCAGAAUUAUUUGUAAGCUCUAUUCAGAAAAAAGUGUCCAGGUAUAAAAUAGAAAAUGAGAAAUCAAAAUGGAUCUUACAUAGGAAUGUUUGACUGGAAAUUUCAAUUUGAUCAUGUUGUGAAGGGUACUAAGAAAAGUCUCUAUUUUACUUUAUCAUUUUGAUUGUGAUCAUGUAGUGCAAAUUCUAAUAACUAUUUUCUGAAAGCUUCAUAAAAUCAAACUAAAUAUUUACCUUAGGGCCACUUAUAAAAUUUUAAUGAGAUCUUCCUGUACCACAGGUGUGUAUUCUUGUGAAAGUAAAGUCUCACAAAACUAAAUAAAUUCUGUUCCAUA